AUGCCUAGAGCUUUGUGGGGCGAGGCAUUUCGCUUUGUUCUGGAGGUGCUCAACAUCAGUGCUACCAAUGCCAUCGACGGAGCCACGCCGUUCUUCCGCCGAUUCGGCUCGAGACCAGAUGUAUCAAGUUUGCGCACGUGGGCCUGUGUCGUGUUCGUGUUCACGCCGAAGGUGCUACGCAAGAACAAACUCGAGAAUCCUGGCAAACCCGGCGAGUUACCGAGUGUUAAGCAUGGUGACUACGCCCAGCACUCAGAGAGUUACCGAGUGUUAAGCAUGGUGACUGGGGACAUACAAGAGGUGCGAUCAGUGGAGUGCUUUGAGGAC